CCUAUAUGUUGAAAAAAGUGGCGUCUUCCAGCCGGCUUUUCAGUGUAAUUAGUAGUUGGCAAUCUAGUUUAUUAUCUAUAUCUCUAUUCUUAUAUCUCGUCUAUCAUCUUAUAGUCAUUGAUAAUAAUAUAGACGCGCACGACAGUUAAAUUUCAAAUAAUACAAAGCCGGUUUUGUAUUGGUUUACGUCUAUAUAGGUGCCACAUUUUGAAUCUGAAUUUGACAUUUCGACAUCCUUUCUUUGUCCACGUUCUGUGCGUCGUUGUACAUCACUACUAUUUAUUGAACAUAAAUAUCGCUUUUGUUACAAAUUCAUUUUAUGAUUAUGAGUGAUCAUCAUAAUUUGUGCUAUGCUGUCACGGACGAAGAGAGAAGACUUUCGCCGAAAAGAAAAAAUCCCAGUGGAAAACUUGUAAGCAGUGGUCAAAGGGAGAUUAUUGUCAACAUGUACAAGGACAUUAAAAGUAAACAUCCAGAAAUGAAAUACAAACCAAUGAUACUUAGAAUAAAUCAAACCACGGGUAUUGGUCGUCAAACCAUCUGCUCUACCAUAUCCGAGUAUAGACGUACAGGAACCGUCUCUUCUCCAAACAAAAAACGAAAUAGGUCAUCACUCUUGAGCCAAACUUCAAGCCAAACUGACAAUUUGGAUCGUAGUACAUUACGGAAAAAGGUGUAUUCGAUUUGGUUACGCCGUGAACUUCCGACAAUCGACAGAAUACUGGCUGAAGUUAACAAAGAUCCUGCGCUUCCAAAAUUUAAACGUACCGCUUUUGAUAACAUAAUUAAAAAUUUAGAUUUUGUUUUCACUAAAUGGAAAAAGCACAGUGUGUUGACCGAGAGUGAAGAUUUGAUUGUUUGGCGACGCAACUAUUUAAAUGACAUUCGUAAAUAUCGUGAAGAGGACCGUACAAUAUAUUAUCUGGAUGAGACGUUGUUGAAUGCUGGCGAUUUUAUGGACCAAGUAUUGAAGGACAAAUCGAUAGUUCACAAACACGACGCUUUUAACAAAGGUAUUAAAACUGAUCUGGAAAAUCUGACGGGGAAUGGGAAUCAUUUGAUUUUGUUUCAUAUUGGAUCAAACAAAGGAUUUUUGAAAGGGGGCCUAUUAUGUUUGGAAUCGAAAAUGAGUAGCAGUGACUAUCAUGACGAAAUUAGUGGUGAUCAUUUUAAAGAGUGGUUCGAAUCUAUUCUCCCUUGUCUUGAGCCAAACUCCAUUGUAGUUAUGGAUAACGCAUCGUAUCAUUCAACCAAAGCCGAACAAAUUCCGACGCCGAGUACGAAAAAAGCUGAGAUAUUAGAAUGGCUUAAUUCAAAAGGUGUCACUUUCGAUAAGCCAUUGUUGAAGCUUCAACUGCUGGUCAAGGUACGUGAGUUAAAACCACGAUUCUCAUCGUACGUCAUUGACGACUUGGCAACAAACUCAGGUCACACAGUACUCCGAUUACCACCACAUCACAACGAAUUCAACCCAAUUAAAUUGGCAUGGGCAAUGGUGAAAGGGUAUGUAAAACGAAACAACGAGACGUUUAAGGUCGAUAGCGUUCGACAACUCGUUAACACGGCAAUCGAUCGAGUGACGACGGGAAAUUGGAAAAAUUUCAUUAAUAACGUCAUCGAAGAAGAAAAUAAAAUUUGGAUAGUCGACGACAUCAUGGACGAAAUGCUUGAUUAAAUAAAACCUUGUGUACCCACGAUUAAGUGUGUGGCAUCCACGGUUUUAAAUUAAUUAAUUUUAAAAUAAUUUUAAAAAAAUCAUUAACUUGCCCAGCCUUGGCACUGGCAUCUAUUUUUGACAACUGAGUCCAUCUGUAACUAUUUAAUAUUUAAUUUUUAUGUAAAGAUAUUUUUUUAUACCUAUGUUUUUUUUGUAAUACAUAUAAUGUAAUACUGUAAAUAAUUAAAUACAUACAAGUUUAAAACUGUAUAAUUACUGAUUAUAGUUUAAGGUUAGUUGACAAUGAAUUGGCCUCUAAAAUAACUAAAAACGUUCUGAACUUGAGAAAAUAUCAACUAAUCUAAAAAUAUUAUUUAAAUCAAUCAACAUUAUCUUUAAAUGAUAAAAUAUUUAAACUUUGCAACGUUGUUGGUGGUAUGUAUUAAAAAUGUUUCAACGUCAGUUCAUUCUAAACAAAUUGUGUUAAAUAUAAAAUAAUAAAGACUUGAUUUUAAAUAUUAUAACUAUACAUAAUAUGUUCCAUUUUUAAAUGUUUUUUUAUGAUUUACUAUUUCUAUUAUAUUUGGACUCAAAAAUGUUGAUUAUAAUUAUAGUACACUUUAAAAAUAUUAUUUUGUUAUAAACUAUUUAUAGUGACAUGAUAUUAUAAGUAAUCAUAAAAAAUUCUCAAGUCCCUUUAGUUUAGUAUACGACAAAUGUUUUCUAAAUGACAACGAAAACGAAAUACCUAUAUAAAAUUGUUUGAGGAAAAAUCGAUGUUUUCCGUUUUAAAAUCAAAUUUUGUAAAACAUUUCAAUUUUAAACGUCUGUAAAUAAAUGUUUGCAUAUUAUUAAGCAUUUUCGAUAUUUAUAAAUAAUUGCUGUAAGAACAACUUAUUAUGAGGAACCAUUCUUUAGCUAUUUGACCAAAAAAAAAAUUAAUUUUCAACAUUUUUUCUAAAAAAAGUUAAAAAAUUUCUUAAGCCUAUAAAUAUAGCUUAAUUUGAAAAUAAAAUAGAUAAAUUUUUAUAAUUGUUUGAGUGAAAUGUUUCAAGUUUCUACGAUUAAUAUUUUACGGAUUUCAACAACGAAAUAAUCAAAAUUGAUUGAUGUGCAAUCAUUAUUAAAUACAUAAUAAAAUAAUAAUAAUAAUAUGCGAAUAAUUCUCAAUAAAUGUUUUUUUUUGCUUUAAUCUAAAUUAUUUAUUUAAAAUUCUAGAAAAAAACCAUAUUAGGAUUUAGGAAUUUAGUAUUAAAUUUUCAAAUCUUAAGUAAUAAAACUAAACAUUUAUGAAUUUUUAACCAAAAAAUAAUUUGACGGAUUUCGAAUCGAAACGCUUAUUAAAAAAAUGUGUUAUUAUGUUUUUUCAUUAAUUGUAUAAUUGCUGUAAUGAACAUUUAUGAUACAUUUUAUACUGCAUUUUCAAGGUUUUUGAUUUAGCUCAUUCCGUUAUAUGGGUAUCUCGGGACCUUUCUAAUUUAACCUCCCUGCACAGUACUAACUAUAUAAUAUCUAUAUAUACAAUUGGCUACCAGAAACUAUCCCUUAAAGUUGAAGUGUGAUUCGUCUUUUCUGCUUCAAAAAGAAAUGACAGCUAGACUCAAGAGAAAAAACACAAAUCAUUGUAAAACCCAAUGCAUUUAUCGCUCUACUCAGAAUAGGAAAUUCUACAAAAAUAAUUUCAUAUAGAACUCUCGAGUUCAUGCUCAUCAUUUCAAUUCAAACGAUAUGACCCCGGACAUUCAAGUGAAGGCACGUCUUCAACACCCGUAAUCUAAGACGAGCUCUCUGGGGCACCAGAAAUAUAGUCACUUUAACUGUUAA